CACUGUUCCAAUGUAAAGUUCCAUAGCAUGGAUACAAUGUUGCUAACAGACACACGUUCCACAGGCUACAUCAGUGUUCGUGACAAGAAGUGUUAAGGUACCAAAAAUCAAAUAUCAGGACCAAUGUCAGCUAUUCAUAACGGGUCGACACGGACAGAAGAAGAAAAUCUCAGAAUAAGCAAUACAUCGACUUUGACAUUGUAGCAGUGACACUUGUCACCUUACCGUAUAAAAUGAACUAUGCCUAAAAGUGGACGGACCACUUAAUAUGUACAAGACAUCUGAGACACCACCAUGGAGAACAACGAUGACAGGACCGUGUGUGUGACGUCAGUGAAAGGGUUAAAGGACAACUGGCAGAGAUGGUCCAACGAGCACCAGGAGUACCAGAAAGACAACCCCUUCAGUAACGACCGGGGGGCUAUGGUGAGUGCGACUGCCCAGCAGCAGAGGCUCCAGCGGGACCAGGAUGGCUACGGGAGGCCCCAGGAGGGCUCCUUGACAGAGCAGAGGGGCCAGGACGCCCACAUCCACAUCAGCCGGGAGGUGGAGGAGCUCUGCCAGGUGAUCAGGGACAUCGGGGAAAGCUGUGGGGACGGAGGCAGCGAGGAGAGACCUGUGGUGACAGUGGAGUUUGGGAAGCUGUUUGAGCACUAUGUGAACAUCUCCAACAAGGUGGUGGGGAUCCUGCUGAGGGCCAGAAAACAAGGCCUGGUCAGCUUUGAAGGGGAGAUGCUGUGGCAGGGGCAGGAUGACAGGGUCCUCAUCACACUGCUACAGUCACCAGGAUGAGAUGACAGGGUCGUCUCUAUGCUGCUUCAGUGACCAGGUUAAUGCAGCUGACGGACAAGUCAGUAACCAAGGCCCUGUCCAGAAACAUCCCCUAGCCCUUGGCUUAGGCACUCAUGUACAGUAGUUGUGAAAGGAUUGGCUAGGUCUAAGCAAUAUGAUAAAUUACAUUAGGUAGCAAGGUGCAGCUACAACACCUAUCAAUUCUUUCAGAUUUACACCUGCACCUAGUAGGGGUAGUUGUUUCUGGACAGGCCCCAAGAGAACCAACCUGUGGCAGCAGUGACAUGCAAUAUGUAGGAUGAACCUGAGCCUAUUGGCCUGAAUGGACCUUGCGUUGCAUUCCCAGUUACACCACUACACUGUAAUCUACAUAGCGUUUACAAUGUUCCUUAGCAACCUUUGUAAUUAGACACAGAGGAAAGGUGUACUUUUUAGGGCACAAAUAAAACACACUGACACUGUAGGCUUAUGUUAGAAAUGCUGGAAGGAGGCUAUGAAACUGCAUACAUGGUUGACAAUGUAGCAAAAUGUACCACCAUUUUAUUUACAUUCAGUAGAAAUAGCACAUCACUUUUUGGGCCACUGGAAUUUGUGGAAUUCACACUGUACUAAAUUCACAUUGUUCAAUUUAACAAGAGUUGUUUGAGGAAUGCUUUUGCAGCUACUUGCACUCAUAACACAAUAUGAUGAAAUAUACUCCUCAUUUGAAAAAUAAUUAUUUUGUCACCAACUAAUAUACUUUAUUCCGCACACACACACACACACGUGUUCAUGUUUACAAAGGAAAGCACUGAUGUUUUUCAAUAAAGUCUUCCAACAGAUCACCAAAAAUGACUGUUAAUUCAUGAUAAAUUGCAUUAGAAUGAUAGGUAACACUUUAUACUUUUUAUAAGGCAUUGGAAAAGGGUCAUAAACAUUUAUAUCAAGUCAUAAAGCCUUAUAACUGCAUACUUUACAUUAAGUGUUACUGAAUGAUGUUUCCCAUUAAUGAGAGACCAGGAAGGAAAUGUAAUACCCUAGUGGAGGCAGCAAUGCAUCAUUUAUUUAACCUAACCAUGAACAACCAUUUACAUAAAUACAUGUAGAGAUUUUUUUACAGCAACACGUCAACCAAUAAAUACAAACACAUGACGCUCUCAAUUUCAUGCAGCAGCAUACAACUAAACAUACAUUACAUAACCGAAAGGUUGCUAGAUCGAAUCCCCG